AAAGUGUUCAUGCAUAUAAUAUUACUUACCUAUAUAUACCCAUAUAAUAUAGAUACUAUUGUUUUCGGUCGGACGGUAGGAGUAUUAUAAUGACGUGUGUGUGUACGUCGUAAAAAAAAUGUGUGCCAGCGCCGGAGAGAUCAUACCGUAUAAUAUGUUCUGUACUUACGAUUAUUAUCGUGCAUUAGUGACGCGCGUGUUUAUAGUAGGUCCCCUACACGUCUGCCCCAAGAACCCGUUCACCUAGUAUAAUAUAAAUAUAUAGGUAUAAUAUCAUUAUAAAUUACCGUUUACUGUAUACCCACAACCUACCUAUAUGUGAUAUUAUAAUAUUGUUUCUGGCCGGUUGUCCCGCUGCAGUCUGCUGCUGGAGAUACCCACCUCUAUGAUGCCAUACCAUCACUCGACCCGCGUGCGGCGCCGUCGGAAAGAACUAUAUAUACCUACAGUAGGUAAUUCAGUCGUUGGGUAUUUUUCGAUCGAGAGGGAGCCCGCCGUGGUCCACCUAUACCUACCUACCUAUUUUUGUGUAUAUUUUUUUUUUACGCGCCCGUACGAGAAAACGCCGUGACUAAUAAUAUAUAUAGGUACACUGCAGCAGUGUAUUGACAGCGGACUCGUGGACCGAUGACCUUAUACAUUUUGUAUUGAGUAGGCAACCGUUUAUAAUACUAUUAUACCAGCUAUAUAGCCCCAGUGCUGUUGCGACUCGUGUCCCGCAAGACGUUUUUAUAGGUCGGACGCGGCCCAACAGUAUUUUGAACGUGCAGUCGAAAUAAAAUGUCUGUUUUUGUGAUAUUCUUGUUGUCGCUAAGCGUUUUCGUCAGCGGUCAAAGUCUGGGAAAAUGUCCGAAAAAGGAGACCAUGAAGACAUUCGACCCCAAAGAGUUUGAAGGACAAUGGUACGAAGUGGAAAAAACGUUCUACAUGAUGGAGAUGACUGCUAGUUGUACUUCAUUCAAUUUUACUUUAAACCCCGAUGGAACGUCAUACAAAGUACAUAUUGGAACGAAAAAUAGAAUAACGGGAAACCCGAAUAUAUUUUCCGGAAUGGCGACCCUUGUAUCGAAAAGCAAAUCUGUACUCAACUACCAGGCCGAAAGUCGACUACCCGGUUUGUUUUCACGCAUGAUACCUACCACUGGUCUGUAUUACAUCAUGUACACGGAUUACCACAACUAUACAAUUCUGUGGUCUUGUACAAGUUUUGGUCUUUUCCACACAGAUAUUAUUUGGAUUUUGGGAAGAGAACGAGAUCUCACGGCGACAUCUCGGGCUGAACUUUACAACUUAUUAUACGAACUGAACAUUAAUCCCGAUCGACUAAUAUUAGCUAAACACGAGAAAUGUGAAGAAUUUUUUUGAUUUAAAUUUAAAUGAAACUCAGAAGUUUUCAAUUGUAAUAAAUGUGCUAGUCAAUACAGUAAGCCAAAUUUGAAUAAUUCGUACCUAUGUUAGAUAUAGGUACAUACUACAUUAUACAUUGUAAUAUUAUAUAUUAUGUAUAUUCACAAAUGGACACUAAUAUUGACAAAUAAUAUGAUAAUGUGUAUUAGCUAUUGUGUUAAACUUAAGACUUGGUCGUUGAAAAAAAAACUUGUACCUAUUUUA